CCGCCCCGCCUCUCUACGUUCUGACGACGCUUUGCGGGACGCGCUUACAGUUCUCGAGAUCUCAGCUACUCCCUCUCAAGUUGCUGACAAACCGACGCUGUGACGUCAUCCACGGUGCGGCGGAAGAUCACGUGGCACGUGCCGGUAUGGCGGAGUAGCGGCUGGGAGGAGUAGCAGCCAUAUGGAGCAGUGACUUGUAGGGAAGAUGUUGGUUGAUUCUGCUGUGCCAGAAAGGGGCAAACCUAUUGGGAAAAAAAUAAAACUUGAAUUAUAGCAGCAGACAUGGAUGAACAAGCUCUGCUUGGGCUAAAUCCAAAUGCCAGUGCCGACUACAGAGAGAGAGCGUCUGCAUAUUUCGAACAGUUAAAAGUGUCACAUGAUGCAUGGCAGGUCUGUGCUGAAGCUUUAGUACAACGUAUAUAUAGUGAUGAUCAUGUCAAGUUCUUCUGUUUUCAGGUCUUGGAACACCAAAUUAAAUUUAAACAUUCUGAAUUAACUGCUUUGCAGCAGCAGCUCAUUCGGGAAACUCUCAUGUCAUGGCUUCAGUCUCAGAUGCUUAAUGCACAGCCAGAGAAAACGUUUAUCCGGAACAAAGCAGCCCAAGUGUUCGCCUUGGUGUUUGUGAUAGAGUAUCACACAAAGUGGCCCAAGUUCUUCUUUGAUAUCUUAUCAGUGGUAGGCCUUAAUCCUCGAGGUGUGGAUCUCUACCUUCGAAUCCUAAUGGCAAUUGAUGCUGAAGUAGUAGAUCGGGAUGUUAUUCAUACAGCAGAGAAUUUCAGCAUUUGUUUUAAGGAAGCCCGACGAAAUACACUACUGAAAGAUACAAUGAGAGAACGGUGUAUCCCAAAUCUAGUUGAAUCUUGGUAUCAAAUCCUGCAAACUUAUCAACACAGUAAUUCUGAAUUGACAUGCCAGUGCCUUGAAGUAAUUGGAGCUUAUGUGUCUUGGAUAGAUUUAACCUUGAUUGCUAAUGACAGAUUCAUAAAUAUGCUGCUAGGUCACUUGUCAGUGGAAGUUCUCCGGGAGGAAGCAUGUGACUGCUUAUAUGAAAUUGUAAAUAAAGGAAUGGAUCCGAUAGAUAAAACAAAACUAGUGGAAUCUUUAUGUCAAGUAUUACAGUCAGCUGGCUUCUUCAGCAUUAAUCAGGAAGAAGAUGUGGAUUUCCUGGCCAGGUUUUCAAAACUUGUCAAUGGCAUGGGCCAGUCACUCAUUAUUAGCUGGAGUAAACUGGUUAAAGCUGGGGACAUGAAGAGUGCCCAAGAUACUCUGCAGUCCAUUGAAAUGAAAGUGCCUCUAAUGCUGCAGCUGCUUGUUCAUGAAGAUGAUGAUAUUUCAUCUAAUAUAAUUGGGUUUUGCUAUGAGUAUUUACAUAUCUUAAAACAGCUUGCCAUGCUUUCAAAUCAACAGAAGGCUAAUGUAGAGGCAGUUAUGCUGGCAGUUAUAAGGAAGCUAACCUAUGAUGAUGAAUACAACUUUGAAAAUGAGGGUGAAGAUGAGGCAAUGUUUGUAGAAUAUAGAAAACAACUUAAGUUAUUACUGGACCGUUUGGCUCAAGUCUCACCUGAGUUACUGUUGUCCUCUGUUCGCAGAGUUUUCAAUAAUACACUACAGAACUGGCAAACUGCUCCCUUUAUGGAAGUCGAAGUUGCCAUCAGAUUGCUGUAUAUGUUGGGUGAGGCAAUCCCAGCAUCCCAUGGGGCUCAUUUCUGUGGUGAUGCUGCUAAAGCCAGUGUCUUACAGGACAUGAUGAGGACACUGGUGACUUCUGGUGUGAGCGCAUACAAUCAUACCUCAGUAGCAUUAGAAUUUUUUGAAACUGUUGUUCGCUAUGAAAAAUUCUUUGCUGUAGAACCCAUUCACAUUCCCAAUGUUUUGAUGGCCUUUUUGGACCACAGAGGUCUGCGUCAUGCUAGUCCCAAAGUCCGCAGCAGAACUGCUUACCUUUUUUCAAGAUUUGUUAAAACUCUUCACAAACAGAUGAAUGCAUUUGUUGAAGAUAUUUUGAGAAGGAUACAAGAUCUACUGGAGCUGUCACCACAUGCAAAUGGCUUUCAGACCUUGCUAACUAGCGAUGACCAACUUUUUAUAUAUGAAACUGCGGGAGUGCUUAUAGUAAAUAGUGAUUACCCUGCACACCGGAAACACAUCCUAAUGAGGAACCUGCUGAGUCCACUAAUGGAAAAGUUCAAAAUCUUAUUGGAGAAACUAAUGCUGGAGCAAGAUGAAGAGCGACAAUCAGUGCUGGCGGAUUGCCUGAAUCAUGCAGUUGGAUUUGCUAGCCGUACAAGCAAAGCUUUUAGCAACAAACAGACUGUGAAGCAGUGUGGCUGCUCUGAAGUUUACCUGGACUGUUUAAGAACCUUUCUCCCAGCUCUUAGCUGUCCUGUUCAGAAAGAGAUCUUGAGAGGAGGGGUGCGGACUUUUCUUCACCGCAUGAUCAUAUGUCUGGAAGAGGAAGUUCUUCCGUUUAUCCCAACAGCUUCAGAGCACAUGCUAAAAGAUUGUGAAGCAAAAGACCUGCAUGAAUUCAUUCCUUUAAUCAAUCAGAUAACGGCUAAGUUUAAGACCCAAGUUUCACCAUUUUUGCAACAAGUCUUUAUGCCGCUUCUGCAUGCCAUAUUUGAGAUGUUAAUCCGUCCAGCAGAGGAAAACGACCAAUCUGCUGCUUUGGAUAAACAGAUGUUACGGAGAAGUUACUUUGCCUUCCUUCAAACAGUCAGUGGCAGUGGGAUGAGUGAGGUUAUAGCCAAUCAGGGACCUGAAAAUGUGGAACGUGUCUUAUUCACUGUAAUCCAAGGAGCUGUGGAAUACCCAGAUCCCAUUGCACAGAAAACAUGUUUCAUUAUCCUGUCAAAGCUGGUAGAAUUGUGGGGUGGCAAAGAUGGACUUGUUGGAUUUGCAGAUUUUGUCUACAAACACAUUGUUCCUGCAUGCUUUCUGGCACCCUUAAAACCCAGCUUUGAUCUUGCAGAUGCUCAAACAGUAUUGGCUUUAUCAGAAUGUGCAGUAACUAUGAAAACAAUUUAUAUCAAAAGGGGGCCGGAAUGCAUUCAGUAUCUGCAGCAAGAGUACCUGCCAUCACUACAGGUAGCACCAGAAAUUAUUCAGGAGUUUUGCCAAGCUCUUCAACAACCUGAUGCUAAAGUUUUUAAAAACUACCUAAAGGUUUUCUUUCAAAGAGCAAAACCUUGAGGAUAAUACUGGAAAUCGCACCCUAUCUCCCCUCUCUCAGGAACUCCAGUUAUUAAUUUAUGUAGAUUGCUAGUUUUGUACAAACCAUUAAAACUGGUGUUCUAGAGAGAAGCUAAAAAAACAGCAGUAAAACAUCAUGAAGCUGUUUGGACUCUGCUGUCGCAUUAUUUUCUGCUUUGCAGUUUAAGCUUGUGCCCUGCUCAAAUGUGUCACAUGAAACAAGUAGUUAAAGAAAUUGGAUUUUUUUUUAACGCAAACGAACGUAUAAAAUCUCUGGUCAACCUGGAGGCUCUAUAUGUAAUUUUUUUUUUUUUUUCUAAAAAAAAAAGUCAAAGGAAAAAAAAACUUUAUUUCAAAGAAAUGAAAGUGCUAAAUUUAGGUUCCUGAAAUAUAACAUGGUGUAAUAAAGCAAUUAAAUGGAUUUUGUAAAUAGUCAUUUUACUUUAUUACAGCUUGAAUAUGAUAUGCCCUCAUCUCUAGAAUAGUUUCUCUGGGAUCAUACAACCAUUCAGUAGAAGGAACAUUUGUGCCUCUGAAACUAAUUGUGUUAGGUAUGUGGCUGCUUUUCAUUGCUAUUUGAAGGGUGGGUUCACACUUGCCUUUAUUGGUAGUUUAUAAUAAAAUAUAUUUGCAAUUGGUUUCUACAAGCAUUUUAGACUUUUGUUCAUGUCCUACAGUUCUACUUCUGAGGUCAGAUGGUUAUUCUUCAAUUCUUAACAUUUAAAGGGCACCGUUAACAUUCUAGACCCCCUUUGUAGCCCUUGGUUAUCCCAUCUGCCUUGCACGUAUAUGUGUUGACAAUUUUUUUCUUAACUUGUCACUUGCACACUCAUGAGUGUGUGGUAAGGCACCUAAGCUUAAAAUCUGUGACAAGAAAAGAAAACACUUUUGUGUGACAGCUCUAGGAUGUAGAAGGAAAAGCUAGCACUUGAGCAAUUUGAUGUAGGAGGCAAAAAAGUCCAGCACAAAAAGUCUAAAGGAUUAAGCACCUCUGUGGCAGUUCUGGUAUGAGAUCAACAGACCAAGGGCAUCACAAGUAAACAGGCUGAGGGAAAGCAAGUGGUAUAGUGUGGGUGAGAAUUGCAGGUAAAAAACACAUUUUGCACCUAGUAGAAAACCGCCAAUGACGGCAAUAGCAGAGCUGCAGCUGCCGAUUGGGACAUUAACAGUGUCUAAAGUUAAAGUUCAACAUGAGUGCAGUGAAUAGGGCUUGAGCCAACAUACUUCUUGCCUAUUGUUUUAAUAUAUAUGGCCUUCGUUAUUUUUUUUAGCUAAACUGGGAAACUGAAGCUGCUUUGUUUGGCCGUAGAUCAUUAGAUUCCAUUUGUACAACACCCUCCCUUAUGCCUUUGUUAUAGCUGCUAGCAGGGAAAUUAUCUGUAAAUGGUAAUCAAAUUCUCUAUAUUGCAAGGACCAAACAUUUAGUUGCUUUAGGGUGGUGGCAGACGAGGCUACUGGGGGAGAUUAAUCGCCCAUCGACAAAUCGCCUCUUCUUUGGGCAACUAAUCUCCCCUAAAUGCCUUCCCGCCAGCUAGAAUGUAAAUUGCUGGCGAGAUGGCACUCGGAACACUUUGUUUUCUGAAGUCGGCCAAAGUUGCCUCACGAGGAAACUUCGGAAGGCGGAAGCGAUCCGACUGCCAUCUUGUCAGCGAUUUACAUUUUAGCUGGCGGGAAGGUAUUUAGAGGAGAUUAGUCGCCCGAAGAAGAGGUGAUUUGUCGCUGGGCAACUAAUCUACCCCAGUAACCACCCUAAAUGCCCCUGUUAUGCUCAAGAAAUAGUGCAAAGUAUGUUUGACACAAGCCCUAUUCCUUGGACUUUCGUUGAACAACUGGGUGUAGUACCCCAUAAAAAAAAUACAAAACAAUUGCAAAUCUAUUUUUAUGUAUUAUAAAAUAUUAUAAAUCCAAAUAAAGCAAAUGUCUGCAAGUGAACUUUCCCUUCAAGCUUCGUUAUUCUCUAAAAGCAAAUGAGCUUAUGCUAACGAUGGUGGUCUCAGAUACCACAAUUAAAGAACUAAAACUUGCUUUUUUAUUGUAAAAGGUAAAUACAGGAGCACAUUCUUCAAGCUUUUUAUAAAAGAAUACAUUUUAUGUACCGGUAGUCAGAUCUGAGUCCCGUCAUUUAGGAAAGAGAAUCUGACUGAGGGGGAAAAAAAAAGGCUUUUAGAUAAAUGUCAGUGUAAAUAUAUCUAAUUGUGAAUCACCAAGUAUUAUAAGACAUUGCAUUUUUCAUGUAAUGCUAAUAGUUUUGAAAAAUGGUGCUUACAAUAAAUUUCAAGGCAUUUUA